AUGAUACGAGUCUCCAUGUCAGGUAUGGACCUGCGCGGAUGUCUGCGGGUGGCUGCAGAGUGCUGCAGCCUUGGUGCCUGCGACGAGGCACGGCUCCUGGACUGCACGUCGGCUGCGCGCGACGCCGGCUCGGAAGCAGUUCUCUACUAUGGGACGGCGUACGCGCCCCCGUUCCCGCUGCCAGCGGCUUGGGCUCUGGGACGCAGAGCAUUGGAGUUUGUCGUCGAAAAUAUCGACGACCUGAAGAUGAGGGGAGAGGAGCCGGAGGCCUUGAUGGGCUUUUGGCUUGCUGGCCUGGAGGAGCACCGGAGUGCAACCAUGAAGACCUGCUCAAGGGGGCAUCUCUUCCCUGACAGGGUAGGAGAAGUGGGAAUGCACGGAGGGGAUCCCUGGAGGCAUGAAUGA